AUGCUAUCUCGAAAAAAAACUCAAUCAAUCGAUGAAUGUAAUUGUUGUCGUCUUGUUCGUUCCGAUAAAUCUUCUCGUUUAAUAUUACCAUUAGCACGUCGUGGUCGUCCACAUCUAUCAAAUCAUUCGUAUCGUUUAUUAUGUCAAAAUUGUUUAACUAUCAAACAAAAACAACAAAAUGAGAUUUUUCAACAACAACAACAACAUAAUGAUGAAAACAAUUCACAAAAUAUAUUUGAAACAAUAACUGAUUUAAAUAAAACAUCUGAACAAGAUAAUAUAUCACAUGAAAUUGAAUUUUCAUUAAUAAAUGAAAAUGAAAAAAUUCAUUUAAAUAAUUCCGAAUAUGAAACAGAACAAAUGCUUAUUUGGAAAAUGAAUACAUCUGAUAAUUAUAAUCAAACAAAUACAAUCAAUGAUACUGGUUCAUUAACAAAUAAUGAAAAGAAAAUUUUACUUCAAGAAGCUGUACGAAAAUUACAAAUUGUUCUUAAUAAUCCCUCAACAUCAACAUCAACAACAACAAUAUCAGAAAGUGAUUUAGAUCGAAUUCAAUUUACUUAUCGGGCUUUACAAACAACAGUUAAUAUUCUAUCAUCAUCAUUGGAUUCGUUGUAA